AUGCCUCAGGAAAAUAUCAAGAAGGUUCAUCAGUCUUAUAUCUUUAAAGAGAAAGCCAAUGUUGUUCAGUAUGCUCUUCAUAAAGGCAAUCUUAGAGCUGCUGCCAACAAAUUCCAUUGUCUUGAAGGUGGUGAUAGAAAAAGUUUUUUUCUUGACAAAGAAGUGCAGCUUUAUAGGUGGAUAUCUGAAAUGUAUAAUGCAGCACUUGCUAUAAUAUACAAUAGUCUCAAGUUUGAAAUGUUAAGAAUCAUCUCUGAAAUAGCAUCAAAAAGUAAUGAUCUCAAAAAAAAACAACUUGCAAUUAUAUUCAAGGAUCAAAGAUGGGCUAAGACUAAGGCUUCUCCUCCUCCUGGUGUAAUUGUUUUUUUUCAUGAAAAAGAUUGGAUAGAUGAACCUGAUAUGUUGUCAUGGGCCAAUAACUAUAUAGAAGAUUAUUCAGUUAAAAAGAAGCUUCAAGAGAAUAACAAUGACCUUGUUGUAAUUCCUAGUAGGUUAACUUCUGUAUGCCAACUGCUUGAUGUUUCAAUUAACUAUCCCUUCAAAGUAGCAUUUUGUAACCACUGGCAUAAAUGGAUGAUAAAUGGUGGGUCUGGCAAAACUAAAAAAGGAAACCUUAAACACACUGAACUACAUAUAGUUUGUGAAUGGGUGCUUAUCACAUGGGCAGAAAUUGAUCCUGAGAUUAUUCGUCAUGCCUUUUGCAAGUGCUCUAUUUCUAAUGCUAUAAAUGGAUCAGAGAAUAGUGAGAUAUAUCAUAAUAAAAUCCUUGAUAAUAAAAUGAAUAAAGCUAAUGAAAAUAAUCCUGAUAUGGAUUCUGGUGAUUCUGGUGAUUCUGGUGAAAAUGAGGAGGAUUUUGAGAAUAAAAAAAAUGAUAAUGCAAUGAUUAAAGAAAAUGAGGAUGUUCUUCUUUUUACAAUAAAUUAA